AUGGAGCGUCUUUCGGCCAAUUUGCUGCUUUUCUUCCUUGCAGGUGCGAAAAACGGAAAAUUUCACAAAUUUUGAAAUUCUUGAAGCUAGAAAUGAAUCAAAAGCUAGAGUUUUUCAAAAAAAAAAUAUAGCUUACGGCUUUUUUUAAAGGAACCGAGUCCAAUUUUUGAAAUCUUACAAGAGAUGUAAUUUUCAGUGCUAAUCAAAGUCUUGAUUCUUUUCAAACUUCACAGAAUCUUAAAACCUCGAAAAGUUAUUUCAAUGGGAUAUUUCGGAAAAUUUUCAAAAAAAGCCUUUUUUCAACGCUUUGGGUAUUCCGGAAGUGUGGGCGACUACACUUUUCCCUCGGUCUCAGAACUUCAAAAAUCAGAAAGAAGGAAGAAGUAUCAAAAAGAUUUUUACAUUCCCCAAAUGUAGCGAAAACUGGAUUUUUAACUUCUAAUAGUUCAAAUCAAGUUCAAUGAACUUUUUUUUGGCUCAAAAGUAGCUUUUCCUCAAAAAAUGGUCAUUCUGGAAUCUUUUUCCAAUUCCAAAAAGUACUCUACGGUUUUUUUUCAGUUUUAAAACCGGCUGGGGGCUCGUUUCCGGGUGGCGACUGCAUUGAACCGUGUAUCGCCGAAAUGCAACAGGUAAUUAUAAAUAUAUUCAGUUUGGAACUGGCGUGAACCCAUUUGGAUUUUGAAGUUAGAAGCUUUUUUUGAUAAGGAAAAUCAAGUUGAGUCAGUCUUCACUUGAAAUAUCGUGGUAGCCAGUGAAAAGGCUGAAAGUGAAUAUAUUGAAACGCAUCCGACCUAAUACGGCUUGCGCGUGAUGAAAAUUUUCACAGCUGAUUACAAUUUCGACGCUUGGAAGUCAUUUCACGUGCGACCGCGGCUUCUUUCGAAAAAUAAAAAUUGAAGGCUAUUUGCAUCUUUUUUUAAUACUCAGCCACAAAAAAAAUUACAAAAAUUGUUAGAAAAAAAAAUUUUCUCACAAAUUUCAACGGGUUCAAGCCAGAAACGUUCCGCACUCCUACACGUUCACUUUUUCAUCCUCUUUUCCCACAUUUUCGCACUCUUCAAAGCUUCUGCGAGGCACACGGACACUCGACAAAAAUGAGCAUGCGAGGUGGUGCACUUGAAAAAAAGAGUGAGCAAAAAAAUAUAUGUAUUGAAACGAAAUUCUUCAAGUUUUUGGUCAAGGUUGAUGAUUGAAGUUUUAAGAAAAAAAGUUGUUAACGCAAAAAAAAAACCAAAGGAUCAUCGCAAUUCUUGUUCUGUUGUGUUAUUUUCUUGUUUCUGACCUCGUCAGAGAGACGCAGACACUCGGAAACUUUAAAGUCGCGGUGAAUGGACUAUAUUCAAAAUCAACUUCUUCGCUUCAAUUUUUUUUUUGAUUUUACGUUUCGUCACGUUACGGUUGUGUUAGCAUCAAGACUGCUUUUUGCCGAAUUUACUAAAUUCCAUUUUUUUCGCUCAACUCCGUUUUUAAUAUGAAAACUGCAAGUAUCACCUAACAUGAAUGUUUUAUAGUUCCAAGAAGUUAUAGAGUUACGACUUAAAAAACUAAUUUUCAAAUAUAGUGGAACAGAAGCUCGUUUAACUUUUUCUGGAUCUCUUCCUCUACCGCCACUUCUCUUCAAUUUUUUCCGACUUGAAAGGCGAUAGGGGUAGGUUGGCAAAGGUGAAGCGUUGCGUACGCGACGCGGCUUUUUGGCGGGAAACUCGCGGUCAAACGCGUUUGCCCUUUUUUUGACAGUUUUUCAAUAUUUUUUAUUUUUUGGACUCCAAAAAAUUUUUUCCUUCAUGGGGCUUGACCUUAAUUUUCACAACCGUUCACUUUUCCCGCCGUUCCAGUCAGGAAAAAUUGACUAUAAAAUGGCUUUUCAAACCAUUCUACCUAUAAAAAGUAACGUGGAAAAUUUUCAAAGCAGAAGCUAUUUUUUCUGGAAAUCUUCCUCUACCGCCUCUUGAAAUGUCUUAACAAUGAAUAUUGCCUGAUCAAGUUUUGCCGGAGCUUCUCAUAUGGUCUAAAAUGCGAACGCUGCACUCUCACACUCACACUCACAUGUGCUGGUGGUGGUUUAUCAUUGUAGUCAUUGGAGUCGACGCCACUGCUGCAGACCGAGCAGAUGGGUCAACUCUCGCUGUCGGCUCUCAUUGGCGCCAGCUCCGACAAGGACGUCACCGAGAAGAGCUUUCAGGACAUUUGCCAGUCAGUUUUUUUUAACUUUCAGUGCUUACUAUGUUCGAAAUAUUAUUAAAAGACAGGUUGAAACGAAUAAAUAUCUAAAUCAAGGAAUUUUUAAAUAAGACAAAACAGAAAUAUUUAAAAAAAUUUCUUUAUGAGUUCUGAAACAAAAAAAUAAAAUAUCUUUUGUGGGACAUUGUUUGGGUUUUUUUCUUCCCAAUUUUCUUUUUAAUAAAAUGAGAAUUACUCAAAAUUCGCAGACGUUACGCUUGAAGCCAUUCCCUGGAAAAAAAUAUAUCAUCAGUUUUUUUGCAAAAUAUCAAAAACUUUAUUCAGUUCCCUGAUAUAUUCCUGUAAGCCUUCUAAUGAUUGUCAACAGAAGAAAAAAAUUUUUCCACCAGAUUUUUGAUAUGCAAAAAAAGAAUUCUUAAUUUCCUAAAAGUUACCUCAAUUAGGCAGCAGCUCAUUCAAAUUCAUUAUAUUUUUUUCGAAGCUUCCUCUGCUCAACUUUUUUUCUCGAAUUCCGCCGCGCACCUGAUAUUCAGGAAGUGCGGACGGCAGAAUUUGAGCAUGUUUUUUUCGAGGGAAAUUCGAUUUUUUUCUUUUAUAAAAAAAAAGACAGAUUAUGAAAAAUAUCCAUUUCAAUUCUUUGACCUUUUUUGGGAGUUUCCAAAUUUGCACCACAUACCCAGAGACUCUUCUGUGGCUCAAGUGUUUGUUGUGUAGGGUUUGAAAGUCAUUACGUCAGGGCCAGUCAAAACCACAACCUUUUUCGAGUGUCGCCGAGCGAAUUGCGCUCAAAUUUCCACCAGACAGGAGUCACCUUAUUUGGCAGGUAGCGCAAGGUGUAAACGAAGAAGCGAGCCUAUUUCUGUUUGAAAAAGGGUCUUUUGAAAAUAAAAAAGGCAACGAGACUCGAAAAUGUUACUCUAAUCAAAAAAAGGAGGUUCACAGCUGGAAAGGCUAAAUACUUGAAAACUUCGAACCGGUAGAUUUGUGAAACGCACCCGACUUAAAACGACUUGCGCUCUGAGCCAUUCGAAUGAGUUUCCAGAUAUAAAUUUGGUUAACUUUUUGCGACCGCGAAGCUUCGAGCCUUUUCGCGUGCGACCAUAUGAUUUAUGUUCUAUCAAAAUAAAAAUAAUUCAUUUCAAAUUGGGAAAAAAUUCAGCACUGUCAUAAUGAGCUCCAUUGCGAAUUCCAUAGUCAUAUUGACUUUUUUUUGGCUUGGCGAAAAAUAUUCAAAAAAAAAAGUCUAAUUUAAUGGUAACAGAAAAACAGCCUCGCCAGACUAUUUGAAUCGCGCUCCAUGGCUGACAUAGUUGUUGUUUUUUUCUUCACCUGCUCGGACAUAGGUAACGGACGUGCUCCGGACAUUUCUGGGCGAUUCUAGGGAUCACUUAAGUGUGAGGACGCUACUAAAGUGGUCACUAGAAAUGCCCAGAAACGUCCGGAGCGCGUUCGUUUCGCGUUACCACUGGCCGAGUAUAUAUUAUCAAAUUCAAGCUUUUUCCUACAAUAACUCAAAAAGUUGAACCUCAAUAAUUUUCAGAGCCUACGGUAGGGUGGACCUGUGUCUUCACGGUUGCGAAAAAGUGUCGCAGCAUUCGGCGAGCAUCCGUAAGACUUACGCGGGAAUACGCUUCAUUUGCGUCGAACAUCGAGACGGUUAGUUUUUUGUUAUUCUUCUACUAAUAUUUUCUCCAAAAGUUGGGAAGAAAUCUAACAAAAGGGGCGGUGCAUCUUGUGUUGAACUCUCGGUGCACCCCGCAGUGUAGCCACGAGGUACCUCGUUAUUAUUCCGUACAUGAUUUCCAAAUGACUUAUCUCUAAAUAAGACAGUGUUCUACAGUUUCACCUUAAGUUGUUACUGUAUCUCAAAAAUGAUUAAUUUUUCCGACCUGUUGCCCCAAGGGUGCACACCCUUCAAGUCCAACUCGGGGUGUACCGAAAUCAUCAACCAAAAGUUCACUUUUUUCAAGGUCCACUUAUACACUCAUUUAGUUAGGGGAAGAAAAAAUCAAUACCGUAUGACGUAGGGUGCUACUUAAGAAUGUUAGGAGGUAAGGGUGUCACAACGAGUUAUGCGUGAGAAAUCGCUCGCCCCCAGAUUUUCCACUUACUGGCCCUUGGCUUUCCGGCUCGUGGACCUCUUUCGCUUCAUUUUUCGUCUUGAGAGGGGACCCGAAAAAAGUCUCAAAAUAUACACGGGAUACUGAGAUUUCUUUUCAAAAUUUCUUAAUAAACUUUAAAGAUAUUUUCCUGCCGGUCUACCCAAAUCUCCAAAUGUUUUAUAGUCUUGGCCUCCGGGCAUACUUAUAAAACCUUUCAUACUAAAACUUAUUUAGAAAGGUCGAAAAGGGACCAAAAUUGAAGCGAAGGUAAAAAUUUGAGGCCAUAACCUAUUAGGAGUCCGAUCAGAAGAUUUAAAAUCCUCGGAGAUUCAGAAAAAUUUCAUAUAAAUCAAAGGGAACAUGCUUCUUUUUGCCCUGUAGGAAAGUAAACUUUUCACAUUUUUUUCAAUAAUUCUAAAAUAAAUAUUUUCUCUCUAAUGGAAGUCCAAUGUCUCAGAAAAAAGAAGAGAUUUCCUGAAAAUGCCAAAUGCCAAACUUCAUUUCGGAAAUGACAUUUCGAAGAGGAAAAAAAGCGGGUUCCACGCGAGCGGCGGUAUUUGAGGAUUUAUGAAGAACAUAGCCGUAGGGCGAAGAUUUAUGGAGCUCGAGAUGCUCGGCGAGCCCCUGGCGGACAGAGCCAAUUAGUCACCAGGACACUUUCCAAGGCGGCUUGCCGCCCUUUUGCCUCGUCAUGAUUGUCCCAAUGGGAUCGGCGACAGGACUACUUUUUGUUUUUUCCGAGUUCUUAGGUGGACCGAGACCUUAGAUGGAAUUUCAGCUAUUCUAGAGUAUAAGUGGGCAAGUGCAGAAUUAAAUCAGUGUCAGAUUAAAUCAGUGAAGAAGGAGAGUAAAUUUCCAAGAAACUUUGAAAGUUAAGUUUAAAAAAAUAGUUUCCAUCGCCAGGGUUGACUUUAAUUUGUGAAGACUCGAGCAAGCGAUGAACUUUUUCUAGAUUUUAUAAAUAGUUUCUUCAGAUUUUCUCUAUCCUAAGAGUUCGAACUUUGAAAAAUAAGAAAAUGCAUCUGAUCGAAGAAUCUAGAGCUCCUUACCCAUUUUUCCAAUAAGGCAAAUUUUUGAAAAACCUUUUUAAAAUUUCGCAUGAAGAUCAUGACAAUCUUGGAGAGGUUUCGAAUAUCUUCUAGCUAUAUUUUUGAAAAAUAUGAUAUAAUUUUUUUGAAAAAAAGGCUGAUAAAAUCAAGAUCUAGAAAAAAAUCGACUAGAUUCAAUACAAAAUCCCUUCAUAACGAGCUGAUUAUUCACAGAUUCUCUCUUGAAACAGAAAAAAAAAAUUUAAUAUUUUCUUAACCGAUCCAAGUCCAUUCAAGCUACUGAAAAUGAUCAUCCAUUCAAAAAUCCACUAUCAUUCCAUUUUUCCCGAGUACAAUCCAAGUUCUCUAAGUCAAUAGGGCGAAUUAGAGGCCGUUUUGGCGCUUUUUUUCUUCGCCGUGCCUCCUCAAGGCUAAUAAAUCUGGAUUGACAGACGGGCUUCCCCUUCUUCUCCUCAUUCAUUCUCUUGAAUUCCAUUAACCACCUGCAAAUAUUUAUUGGGCACAAAAUUUCCUGUCGAUUGUCGGAGAAGUCAAAGGGCAGGAGGGACAUAAAAAAAAAGUUCUGAAAAUUUGAAAAAUGGCCUCAAAGAAGCGUUCGAAUAGAAAUAUCUCCAAUCGAGCUUCUGAAAAACCCCAGAGUGGUCACUAUAGAGGUUAGGGAAAAAAGUCGCUGUGGUGGAAAAAUAGUGCUGCCAGAGGAUUAAAAUUUAGGUGGCCCAUAUGAGAGCUAAAGGCAUGACCCCUAAGCUCCCCAAGUUUAAGUGGUCUUGUAGAUUAUUUUCUCCAUUUGGAAGUUGAAAAGACCACUAGCAUGCUCUCCUAGAGUGGAAAAAUUGACCUUGCAGCUCAACGAAAGAGCGCUCCACUGAUAACUACACUUCUGUAACCAAACAAAAUUCAUUCCAUACGUUAGAAAGUUUCCAAAAAAUAUAUGAUUGAAGGAAUUGGAAAAUGGUCUUAAAAUAAUAUUUUCUAAUAACGAGUUUUCAAAAUUAACCUGUAAUUAUAUAACAUAGAAACUGAGCUAUCAACAUCAAAAUUAAACUUAAGAAAUGGGAAAAAACAGCCUGAGAGAUAGAUCGCUCCAUUGAUAAUACUUUUUUUCUAAUGAAAUUCUCAAAGUUCAGCUUAGGCUAUCAUUUUAAAAAAUGACUUUUUCCAUUUUUCAGAGUUCUUCCAAUCUCUGCCCUGCCUCGCUGAGUGAGUUUUUUUAUUUCUUUCAAAUUUUUUUGUGUCAAAAAAAGAGAAAUUUAUUUUGAAAAACUCAAUUUUUUUGAACUUUCUUCAUAAGUUUAAAGUUAAUUCGCAAACUUUGAAAAACGUAGAAGAAACCAAAAAAAUACAUAAUUACAUGCAUUGAAUAGCUCGACUUGUAAAUCUCCUCAGGAAAAAUUUAAAAAAAAAAUAAAUUCCUCCAGUUAAGUGAAAAAAGCCUAAUUUUUCUCUUUAAGGGAAAAUUUUUCAACAGAGAUUCCAAUAUGAAACUGCAGCUUCUAUGGAAACCCAGGAUAUUUCUUCUAUCUUGAGAAUGGCCUAAAGUCAAUAGGUUCAUGCUCACUGGCCGAGCCCCGACGAAUGCUUUAUUCAUUUGGCGCCAAGUCAAGUUCUAUUGAGAAACUGACGCGGUUCCCAAAGAUUCAUAAGAAGUAUCUUCUCUGGGAGAACUGGAGGCUUAGAAGGAAGGGAAAAAAGUGAUGUUUGAGGGAAAAUGAAGAAGUAUAUUGGUAGGAAAAUUGAAAAUUUCCAAAAAUGUUCUGGCAACUGUAUUUGUUUUCCUCAGCUUCUUUAACUCAGAAAAAAAAAAUCAGAAUCACUAAAGCGGCCACUUGAAUGAAAAUCGAGUUAAACUGAAGAAAUCUAAUGAUGGUCUUUUUACAAUAAAAUAUCAAUUCCGAAAUCAAAUUUCACAAAUUUUCUUGUUACUGUUCCCUUUUUCUUCAAAGUCCACUCAUUUUCUCAUAAAAACAAACGAAAAACCACUAAAGUAGUCACUAGAGUGCAAGCUCUAUAAAAUGGUAGCAAUUUGCUGUUAGACCACCUUUACAGGCAAAAAAUAGUCUCACAAAUCAUCAAAAAAGAAGUUUCGACAAACUUGUGUUUCUUCUCGAAAAUUACACUUCUCGCAGAUUUUCUGGACGAAAAAUCACUAAAGCAUUCACUAGAAGGCAAAUCGUAGCGACCCCCUGUUAGACCAACGUUACCUCUUUUUCAAGAACUCCGCUUUUACCACAAAAAAAAACUGGACGAAAAAUCACUAAAGCAACCACAAGAAGGCGAAUUCAGUGAAAUUGCAGCAAUUCACUGUUAUUGACCGUCUUCAUUUAUAAACGCCGUCAUCUCUAUCGUUUCUCUCAGAUAAUCCUUUUUUAAGACAAAAACAGGCUUGUGUCAAGCCCGGCGCAGCCUUAGGGAGGUCUCAAGCAAAAAAGGGCGGCCCGGCCCAAAAAGCUCAAAUCUUCGUCAUGUCGAAUUUUAUCGCUUUUUUUAAAAAGAAAAGUGAGGUUUUUGCUUAUUUUUCCUCAUAGAGUUAUUAGAAACUAUGAUUCAACAAGUGAAAAUAAAUUUUGGUGAAAAUUUUUUAAUGAAAAUUUUAAACUUUUACGAAGCCCGGCCUGGCCCGAGUCCGCGCGGGCUUUUUUCAAAAAGGAAGGCCUAAAGCCACCCGGACUUGGCGCACAAGCCUGCACGAAAACCGAACGGAAAACCACUAAAGCACUCACUAGACACGAGAAAGUGGCGCUGGAGCGAUGUCGUCCCGAAAUCAACGCCUCCCUCUCGGCGAGCAACCGUUUCUCGGUGACAGUUCUCAAGAAAGAGCAUCACAAUCUGCGGUCGCAUUUCGAGACUCUUUGCAAGUGAGUUUUACCGAGAAGAUCUGGAAAAAAGCCUUGAAAGAAAGUUUUUUUGUUCAUACGUACCUUAAAAAAAUUGGGAAAAAAAAGCGUGACCAGGUAAUCAGAGUUGUAGUUCGGUGGAGCUGAAAAUGAAUAACUAAAAUCACAAUAUGGGCUCGAAAAAAGUUCGAAUCGUUUGUUAGUAGUUUUGAUAUAGCGUGAAUUUCUAAUAGAAAACACGAAAAAGUAUGAAAAUUAAUCAUAAGGCGAAAAAUUAAAAAAGUUUUCAAGGCUUUCUAUGAAAAUACAAGAAACAACUUUUGAGACAUUUAUUUCCAUAAUUUCGUCUCGCUUUUACAUAUUUUCUUCUCGUUUUUCUCGAAAUUGACGAAAAAUUCAAAAAAUUAGAGGAUUUACUUGUUUUUUGCCGUACAAAAAAUAUUCUCCUGACUUUUUUGUGUGGUGAGAUCAGAUAUUUUUCAAAGUUUCAGCAAAUUAUUGGAAAUAGAUCGCAUGUGGUGGAAAUAUAUUGUUGGAAAUAGAUUGUUAGAAAAGUUUUUAGACGAGCCUUUUUACAGGAAACUCGGAUCUAUGAUUGAUUGUGUAGAGCCGGUUACAAGGAUCGGAUGCGGCGAUCAAGCCGCCAGAAUGAUGCUUCGAUUCAUCACUGUUGGCUUCAGCAGGUAAACUCUUACCUUUUCGAUUAAAAAAAAACAAACGAAAAAUUAUAUAAAAAAUAAUAGGCUACCGAUUUGUAUAAAUAGUUCAGAAAGGUAAAGACGGUGUUUUUUUCUUAACUUUUGCUUUUCCCUAUAAGAUUUUCGCGUACAUCCCUACAAGAAUCCCCGAGAAUCUUCUAAAAAGUUUCCUUGAAUUUACAGUUUCGAGCAGCUCUACUCCCAACUGGGGAUCUCGGAUCAGCUGCCGGCGGCCUGCAAAUCGCUGCUUUCUCUGCAGAGACGGACGGCUUUGAGCCACGAACGUAGUCAUUUCGUCGUCCCCCACCCAAAGUCCGAGUACAGCGUCUACGGCUCCAACCAAUCUUCCCGAUUAUCCAUUUUCUUUCUUUUUUUGAUUCUAACACUAAAGAUACUUGCCUAG